AUGGCUCGCUCUCGCAGAGAUAAGAACGUGUCCCUCACAAAAGUCAAGAAGAAGACAAAGGAGACCAAAAACAAUCUAGUCAAUGAAGUCCGCGCCAGUGUCGAUCAGUACAAGAACUUGUUCAUUUUCACUAUCGCCAACAUGAGAAGCACACGAUUCAUCGCUAUCAGACAAAAGUACAAGGAAUCCUCCAGAUUUUUCUUCGGAAAGAACAACGUAAUCUCAAUUGCUCUCGGAAAACAGAAAUCUGAUGAGUACGCCAAUCAACUCCACAAGGCUAGUGCCAUUCUAAAGGGUCAAUGCGGCCUCAUGUUCACAAACAUGUCGCAAAAAGAAGUGAAAGCUGAGUUCGAUCAAAUUACCGAGGAAGAUUACGCUCGUGUUGGAGAUACUGCCACCGAGACAGUCGUUUUGCCAGAAGGGCCAAUUGCACAAUUUGCCUUCUCAAUGGAGCCACAACUGCGAAAACUUGGUCUCCCAACAAAAUUGGACAAAGGAGUUAUCACACUCUAUCAGCAAUUUGAAGUGUGCAAGGAAGGAGAGCCAUUGACUGUUGAGCAAGCCAAAAUCUUGAAACAUUUCGAGAUCAAAAUGGCUCAAUUCCGUCUGAUCUUCAAAGCAAUGUGGAACAAGAAAGACGGAUUCAAAGAGCUUGAUGCCUAA